AUGGAGUUAAUAUUAAAUGAUAUUUCUUAUUCUGAAGCUAUUGAUAUAAAAACUAUAAACACCUUUGAUCCUGUUAUCAAGAAUGCUUUGCCUUGUAAUUAUAAAUAUUUUAUAGAUUUGUUUGAACAAAUUCAACUUUAUAGCUUUUUAGGUGCUUAUGAAACACCUUUUAAAAUUAAUUGUCGUAUAAAUAUUCUUACCAUUGAAGAGUCCAAAGUAUGGCUUCAGCAAUUUAUGAAUUUGCAUAAAGUAACAAUGCGGGAAACUCAUGAUUGUACUGUUAAAGGAAAACAUAAAAAUGAUGAAAGCUAUACAGUAAAUACACGGAUACGAGAUACAAAUUGUCCAACAACAUUAAGUAUUCAAAUACUUAAACGAACUGAUCCUUAUCCAU